AUGUCGCCUCCGGAAAAAACAGUAGCUUUCAUAGGCCUGGGCGUAAUGGGCUAUCCCAUGGCCAUCAACCUCCGCAAAGGACUCUCCUCAGACUACACCCUCCUCGUCUGCGAUGUCGUCCCCUCCGCCCUCGAACAGUUCCACUCUGAAACCUCAAAUCACGGCCGCGUAGAAACCAUCCAAAACGGCUUCGAUGCCAUCCAGCGCGCAAACACAGUCAUUACUAUGCUCCCCGGUUCCGCUGCUGUGAAAGACGUUUACCUGAAUCCCAGCACUGGCGUCAUCGCUGGCGCAGAAAAAGCCCUCCAGUCCGGCGGCCCUUCCAAGAUAAUAAUGGAAUGCGGCACCAUCGAGACAUCGACGAUUCUCGAGGUAGCCAAGCGCGCAAAAGAAUCCAGCGUAGCCAGCAACCUCACUUUUGUGGAUGCGCCCGUCUCGGGGGGUCCCAUGGGCGCGCAGGACGGCACGCUGACGUUCAUGGUGGGAACGGACAACAAAGACGUGUUUCCCACUGUAAAGUCAUACCUCUCGCACAUGGGCAAAGCCGACGCUGUCUUCCUCUGCGGCGAUGUCGGCGCUGGCACAGCGUUCAAGGUAAUCAACAACUACCUCUCCGCCAUCACCUCCCUCGCCGCAUCCGAAGCUCUUAACAUCGGCGCGAAAAUGAACCUCGAUCUCGCUCUCUUAACCGAUGUUAUCAACGUUAGCGGAGGCCAGUGCUGGGUCACGUCGAAGAGCAAUCCGGUACCUGGGAUCCAAGCGAAUGUACCGAGUUCGAGGGACUAUGAGGGUGGGUUUAGGAUAGAAUUGUGCGCGAAAGUGUUGAAGAUGGGGAGUGACCUUGCGGAUAUGGUAGGGGCGAGGACAAUACUGGACAAGCCGACGUUAGAGGCUUUUGGAGAGGCGAUGGGGGAUGAGAGAUACAAGGGUAAGGAUGCGAGGGUUGUGUAUAAGUGGUUGAAUGAGAGUGAGAAGAAGUAG